UGCGCACGCUGCGCCUCCUUGCCAACACAUCGAUUACAAAGCGCACAUUAAUUGGCGGUGCGCUUCGCGUGUGCCCGUGUAUUUUGUGGUGCUAGUGCGACCUGCGACGGGAGUGAGUUCUCACGUGUGUAUACUGUGUGCUAUUACAGCUCGUGUGCGACGCAGAGGAGCGGCGGUUGGCGUGCAGCCGGCGGCGCACGGUGAAUGACUCCGCCGCCAGCACGGCGCAACGCUGGAAGACGGGUCGUUGCCGUGUCUCUACUCGCCGACGCGGGCGAGGUGUUGUGCUCGUCGCCAGGGAGGCGGCGAUCCGGAUACCUGCAGAUCCACAGCUCCGAUGUGCGGCAACGCCAUUUCCGUCCAAAUCUAGCUGCAGGUAGCGAUGGAGGCAGCGCGGUCGGCAACGGGACGUCUGCUGCUGCGCGAGCUCAACCCCUACAUCUUGUGCACGCUCUGCGGCGGCUACUUCAUUGACGCCACCACCAUCGUCGAGUGCCUGCACUCCUUUUGUCGGAGUUGCAUCGUACGUCACCUUGAGAAGAGCAAGUUCUGCCCUAUCUGCGAUGUCCAGGUGCACAAGGCGAAGCCACUCCAAAGCCUCCGGAGCGACCGGACGCUGCAGACGCUGGUGUACAAGCUGGUGCCCGGCCUGUACCAGGCCGAGGUGCGGCGCCGGCGAGAGUUCGAGGCGGGCCACGGGGUGCCGCCGCGGCCGCAGUCGCCUUCCUACUUCCUCUCCGCCGACGACUCCGUGCUGCUCGAGCUGGGAUACCACCAAAGUGACUUUCCGACGGAUGAUGAAGCGCCCAACGGCGGAGAGAUGCAACAUACAAAGGAGGAGGCGGCGGGUGUGCACCCGUGGUACCUGCGGUGCCCUGCAGCCGUCAGCAUCCGCCAGCUGAAGCACCUGGUGCGCUCCAAGUUCGGCGUCACGGACGAGCACCGAGUAGACGUCAUCUACAGGGGCGAGUGUCUGCCAGACACGUUCACGCUCAUGGACAUCGCGUACACCUUCUCCUGCCAACGGUCGUCUCGGAUGCAGGUGACGUACCGCAUAUACAGGCGGCAGCCUCCCGAGUCCGCGGCGGUGUCCUCGUCCGCUGAGGCAGAACUGGAGGAAGAGGAGAAGGCCGAGUGUGACGCCGCCAUGGAAGCGGCCGCCGCGGCGGAGGGGGCGGAGGGCCAGGCGGGGGCGGCCACUGCCAGCCCCACCCCCGCCCCCGCCACCGAGGGGGAGCAGCCGCCCCCUGGGGACGCGGACGCAGCCGCUGCGGCGGAGGCGGUGGUGGAGGCGGCACUACAAGCGCCGCCGUCUUCGGGGACGGAGGAGGCGGGGGCCGAAGCGGCCGCGUCCCUCCAGCCGGAACCCUCGCGAGAAACGUCCGUCUGUCCAGAAGAGCCGGCGCCGCAGACGGAUGACAAGGUGGACCCGCAGCCGGCGGAAGCGCCUGCAGCGGACCCUCCAGCGCGUGUCGAAAACUUGCCGCCUGCUUCACUGACUGACGUGCAGACGGCCGUCCCGGAAGCUGCGCCCUGCGUCGAGAGCACGUCGCCGACAUUGGCGCAGCAGCAGCAGCAGCAGCAGUCGGAACCCGCGACGCCAGUGGCAGAGGCGCUGGGGCCGCAGCAGCAGCCGGAAAAGGCGGCGUCAGCGGCGGACGUGCCGGCGCAGGGCCAGCAGCCGCAACCCGCGACGCCGACGACAGAGGAGACGCAAGAAAAGAGCGACGAGGCGAAGGACUGCGCGGCGGUAGCGCCGCUGACUGACUGCGUUACGAGCGCAAACCACAAGACUGAAGAAGAGGAGGCCGAGCGCAAGCCGGCCAGCCCGGAGAGAGAGCCCGAGUUGCCGCCGCCACCUCCGCCCCAACCACUGGCGCCACCGCCACCUCCGCCGCCGCCACCGCCACCACUACCACCGCCUCCAGCACCACAGCCACAGCCACCACUAACUUUGCAGCUUGCGCCCAACCCCAUCGUCCUGCCUGUCACCUCGUUCGACCUGGAAUCUAUAGCGGACGACUUCAACGAAGAGGAGGACGAGGACGAGUUUACCCUGCGAAUAUCGUCUUCCGAAGGCGACGACGAGGAAGUGGUUCCCGAGCCUCUGCCCGAGAAACCCAAAGAGCCGGAACCCGUUCCGGAGAAGCCCGCGGAGGAGGAGGAGCAGCCCGUGUUGCCGAGAGAGAAGAGGGGCAAGGGUCUCGGCAAGUCGAAGGCGAAAACGAGAGAAGAACACGGCGGUGGGCGCAAGAGGAGUAAGCACAAGUCUAAACACCACGCUCGCGGCGAAGAAGGUGCUAAGAAGAGGAGGAUACACAAGAGCGAAAUCACGUCGACGCCGACGAUUUUGCAGUACGAUAAGGACGCCAUGAAGCUAAAAGUGAAGCUGAAUUCCCCCACGAGUCCGGUGAUAUCUAACCUUCCGUCUUCCUCGAAUUCGGGGCACCACAAGCACCACCCUCACCACCACUCCAAACACCACCACCAUAACAAACACCAGGAGCAGCAGGACCAGAACGGAGCGGGGGUGGGAAGUAGUGGCGACGCGGCUAACGCCGACGGAGAUUGGGCGGUCGCUCACAAGGAGCGCGUUCCACAGGUCAGGUCGCACAGGACGAAUAAGAGUCUGUGCUACACUCCCAAGUCUCCCGACACACCCGAGGGAGGAAACGGGGCGAAGAAGACGAACGUGAUGCUUCCGCCGUCCUCCAUCACCGUGAGCAAGGUGACUGCCGGCGAGAAGCGCAAGCUCGACCACAAGACGAACAGUGCGUCGGAAAGUAAGAGGCCCGCCCUCGAGAUUAUGCUGGUCAACGCGCCCGGCCCCGGACAGUCGGGCAGCGGAGGACAGAACAAGACCGCUGCCAAGUCGUCUGCUUCGUCCAAGCAAACUCCGUCCACUACGAGCGAGUCGGAGUUCGGUAAAAAGGCGGGUGGGGGUGACGGUCCGAGUGCGAAAACGUCGAGACCUCUGCCGGCGACGAUACCGCUCGUGAGGAUUAAGAAGCCCUCGGCGACGGGCGUGCGGCCCCUGUCGGGUCUGACGAUCACUCCGAAGCCGCCGUCGAACGCCGCGAACAAGAGCGCGCCGCCGGCGAGGGCUGCGCCGGCGCCCAAGGCGGACAGCAGCAAGCCGGAGGACGAGCAGGCGAUCCGGCACGACGACAUCGGCGCGCUCGACCUGUCGGGCAAGUCGUCUCGGGCGCGGGACGGCGCGUCGCCCACGUCGCCCGGCAUGGACCUCAGCUCGCCGCCCUCCACCAAGAGCCCCACGGCGCCCGCGCAGCAGAGCAUCCUGUCCAUCGCGCAAACGCUCGUCCACCGCCAGCUGUCCAGUCUGCACCCGGGGCUCGUCAUGGCCAGCAACGCCAACCUCAUCUCGUCGACGGUACCCGGUCGCAACGGGAGCAACUCUCCCAACGCGCCCUCGGACGGUGCGCUCUCCUCCGCGCUGCUGGGAACGCUGGCGGGGCCCGGCGGAGGUGGCGGCGGCGCGCCGUCAGGGUCGACGCCCACGUCCAAUAUGAGCAACCUCAAGACGCUGUCCGAGGCGGCGGUGCACAUCCGCAACAUGAUGUCGUCACAAGGCAAGGGCGGCGCGCGCGCGCCGUCCAAGCAGCAGCAGCAACAACAGCAACAACAACAACAGAAGGCGGCGGCGGCGACGUCGCAGGCCAAAGGCCCGGCCAAGUCCGGAGCGUUCUCGCGGCCUUCCCCGACCGGUCAGUACGCGCCCGGCGCCGGCUCCGGCGCGCCCUCCGCCUACUCGCUGGCCGCGGCGGGAGGCCCCGGCUCGCCGAUCCGCAUCCCCGUUCCGCCGUCCAAGCCGGCGGGCGCCCCACAGCUCCACGACGUGUUCUCGUGCCGCGGGCGCGGCGCGGCGGGGGCGGGGCCGCCCGGGGGCGGCUACGCCAGCCGCAAACCCGGCCCCAACCAGACGGUGCGCCACAUCCCCAACCCGUCGGCGCUCAUGUUCCGCCAGCAGCCACAGCACCGCAUGCAGGCCAAGGCGCCGCCCAUCUACCAGGGCUACGCCACGUCCAAGGCGUCUGCCGCGCAGGCCGCCGCCGCCGCCGCCGCCGCCACCGCCACCACCACCGCCCAGUCGUCCGUCUCCAACAUCCGCAAGAUGGAGAACAUGACGCGCAACAUCGAGAAGGUGGCCGCCGGGCUCACCAUCCGCGCCGUCGAGGCCAACGUCAGCAAGUGAACUGCUUCCCUACUACUGCCGCUGUGAUGCAGUGUCGACCGUAUACUGAAACUCGUGUGUUGUGUCGUUUUCCAUGUUUAAGACGAGCGAACAGUCCGAACUGUGCUCGGAAGUAACGAACACGCUGUUAGUAUAUUCUAAACUGUGAACAGUUACGCAACGUGCGCGUACUAAAUUUGAACGUGCGUAGAACCGACAUAAACGGCGAAUAUUUAAGUGUCGAAUGCUCGCGAGGGAAAACUAAACUAGUAUAACUGUUCGUCUAUCGUGAGAGAAACACGUGACAUUGCUGCGAAAUGAACAUUAUUGUCUCGACACCACGUCGGAAGUGACAACGAGACGUUAAGGAAUUUCUCGUCGAAGUGGUUAAUUUUUCCUCUUCCUUUGUGCUAUGUUAAUUCCCCAGUUAGGGAAACCCUACGUGUUAGUUUUGUCCUCUGUUAAAUGUUCCUCAUUGGAAGAAAUGCGUGCGUGUAACUUGCGUCAUUAUACCUACUCGGCAGCUUUGUUCCCAACGCAGGCCCAAAUUUUGAGACAGAGUCUCGUACCUUAAAUAUGUAUCUUAGAAAAAUUCUUAUGCAGUAUCGAGUGUGACGCAAAAGUGCCUGUUCGGUUGCUUGCAGAUACUGAAGCUGUAAAGAACGAGGCGGCAAACUGAAAAACUUCUCGAUUUUUUAUAAACCUGAGCAAUUUUACUUUCAGAAUAUACAAUUGCCCGCCAACAAAACUUGCCGUCUCAUUUCCUCAUAAUGUCCAUCAACAUCGAGCUUCUGCCUGAAACGAGAUCACUGUGAUACGAAGUUUUUCUUAUAGUAAGAAAAGUGGGAAAGACACUAACCAGAUAAAUUUUUAUCGGCUUACAAGCUUCAUCCAGUAUGUUUUCGCGCAGUCACUCGUUAUAUAUAUAAAGUGCGUUUACUUUUGGAAACUAAAAUGUUACCAAAAAAUGAAACUUUGUUUUCGGUUGGGUUUUUGCUGUAACUGGCCAGAAGGGGUAGGUAGCGGUUUAGAGUCUAAAUAUUUCUCUACCGCGCCAAUUUGCAGAGCUAUCGUGAAUACGCCAUCCACACUCCAGAAGAGAAUGUACGUAUACAACUGUGGCGUUACGACAUUACAGUUGCAAGUUCUCAACCUGCACAGUACUUUAGCUGAUAGUUCCACGGAUGGUAAUGGAACAUUUGUUCAAAUAAUAAUAGCGAUGUGCCUCGGCUUCGCAGGUGCAGCACUUGUACCUACGGCUGGAUGACCUGUCUGCCGUAGCGGUAAUAAAUUAUCUACACCAACUUUCCUCUUGAAUCAGUGUCUUCUUAUUUCCGCACGAGAUUUGGACAUGGACCAGCAACCUUUCGGUGUUUAGCUUGGCAGGAAAAGAGUGGCAGAAGGAUUUAGAGAAAUCAAACUUUGAAUGAACCACAGUCUCUGAUAACGUAUACUCGUUGAUCUGUAUGGGAUGCUCUCUGACAGGUAAAGUGUCUAUUGCGAACGUGUAUUGUGCCAGAUAGUGCGGAUAGGUGACCUCAGUGUCGAAAGAGAUGGGAAGAUACGAACUGUAAUCCUAAGAACUUAAGAGGGAUCCGUAGUUUCACGCGAAGUUCUGAUUGGGAGGUUGACCAAUGUGUGAAGUACGUAGGGACGCUUGAAGAUUUUAAUGGCCCAUGUAUGUUGGCUUGUGCGAUUUAUGAUCUGUGGCUAUUACAAGUUGUCCCACCUGUCUCUGGCACGCACAAGAAACCUGUUAAUUUUUAUGUGACGAAAGAAUGGUUCAGGCCAAGGUUGUUUAGUUUCCUAAACAGAUCUGCCUACGCUACCGAAAAUAACUUGAAUGAAAUAUUCUACACCGUUCAUUGACAUUCUUCCAAAUGGUACUAUGGUAUUUCUUGUGGCAGAGAAACUGAUCUGUGACACACAUUCAGUGACAUAAACCUCAUGUAGAUGUCGCAAGAAACUAUGGAGUAAAAACGCGACGAAUAUCUGGAUUUCUGAACUGUUGCUUUCUCUGAAAAGAGCGCCACUUGGAAGUGAACUCUUCCAUACGAGAGUAGCGAAAACUUCACGAACCGGCUGCCUCGAUGUCGCUGGUUUCCAUGGAGGGUUGAGUGAAUUUAUGAACGCCGCUCCAUUAAACUAUCUGCAAUAACAGCUCAAAAAACCCUAUAUUCAUUGUAUUUUUACUUCGAAAUUUCUUGUCAGAUAUACAAACGAGUUGUCACUGAAUUUUAUCACCACAAUUCUUCAUAGCUUUUUCGGGGGAGGGGUCAACAAUGUACACAGUUUUAAUAUGGAAAAAAAUGUGGAACUUGUCUCGUACAGACCUGCAAUUGUGGUGCAAUAAAUACCGUGUGCCAUUUAAAAAAAUGGUGUGUGACCAUUGUAUUUUCUGGAAUACGUCAUUCAAGUAAGUUUUCAGAAGCCUAAGCAGCUGAGAUUUUUCUAACCAAGCAACAUUUGUCAGAUCCUUUUUCUUGUCACAUCAAAAUUAACGAAGUUUUCGUAGAUGCCAGAGUCAAGGUGAGACACCCUGCAUCGUUCGGUACAAGUCUGUAUGUAGUACUGCUAUGCACAAGGUGUAAUGAAGUCAGUGACGAACACAACGGGACUAGCAGCUGGUGCCUCUUCGAAUUUUUAAACAGCAGAGGUGAUGCGCAUACGAGAAGUGCAGAGUCUCGGAAAGUUAGGGGCGCGUGCAGAUGUGUGGAGAGGGGACGCUAUGAGCUACUGGAACCUGGAAUGCACGGAAGGCUGGAGCCGAAGGCCGCGCGGCGACAGGUUCGGCUGCAUCGCAUUUCCCCAUUCGACUUUGGAAGUAGCUACCUACCACUGCUUUCGCCUGCAGUGACGCUUGUAUGCGUGGAGUUGACUGAUAUCUCGUUGCGAAAAGAUGCUCUAGCAAGCGUCUUCAGUCUUACUUCACUCGUUAUCUGGCGGAGACUCCAGAGUUUUUUUUAACUUCCCUAAGAAAUGGAAACUGAAUGGUGACUCAACUCCACUUUUCGUACACCUCGCAGGUGUCGCUCCAUCAAUUGAUUCAGCAGAAGGCUCAGCUAGCGUUCAUCCGGCCAUUAAAUCUGUCUUCCGCUUUCAAACCACAGUUAGCGUACAUUCCGCUGCAGUGGGCCUCUUUCGAGGUGCUCAGUAAUAAGAUGGUGGCCCUAUAGACUGUCUAGAAGGCAGGCCUUGGGUUCGACUCCUGGUCCAAAGCACAUUUUUGUCUACCAGGAAGCUUUAUUUCGGUGGAGGAUUCCUUACAAAACUUCCUUCAAGUAUUCCGAAAUGUAGCCACAGUCUAUUCCGUGCAAACAGUGGUCAGUCUUGUUUGUAAUAGUGUUGUAUUCGAGAAAGCAUUGAUUAUCUUUUUUUAUAUACGAUACUGGGAAGUCCUGGAUUAACACAACUAAUGGAAGAAAGAGGGUAACAAAUCAACAUUUAGUUAGGCGUUAAGCUGUCAACAGACACAUAAACAACACAGAAAUCGUUGCUGAGAUUUCUGAGUAUCCCCUUCUACAGAGCUAGCGAACACACACACACACACACACACACAUAUACACAGAUGGCAAUUUGUGAUGAUGCGACAUUGUAGACGAUAUAGCCGCCCGUGUAUAUGUGCAGUUUUGUUAAUUAGGUGUGAAAAGGGAAUUGUUCGAAAGCUCGGCAACUAUUUCAAUCUCAUUUAUGUGCUUGUCGACCAUAUGCAUCAUCUAUAAUGUGUGUGGUUACCAUUGCCCUUUCCCUUAUUUAAUUUUCUUUAAAAAUGUGGUUUUUUCUUUCCCUAAUGUAAUUAAUGCACCGGAAUGAGUCAAAUGGCGAACGUGACAUUGUUUAACACAAGCGAUGAGAAAUGUGUAACUUGCUCCCAACAGAUGGCAGUCAAUUGGCCAAUGACGUCCGGAAAUACUGGUCCUUUCCUUCCAUAUCAUGUUCAGUAUUUUUUCCAUGUCUUCCUCAUUGCUAAAAAUUUCCAACACCAAAUAGUGCAAAGAUUUUAUGCGGUGGUGUGUGCGGUAAUUCUAAAAUAAAUGAAGUUUCCGUUGUGCGAAUUAUCGUAAAACUUAGUAUGCAGAAUGUCUGGACUUCUGCAAAAAAAAUCCUUCCAUAAAUGUUGUUCCCUGCACGAGUGCUUUUCGCACCAAGAUUCCGUUGGCAUUAUUUCUAGCUAGGACGAGAACAUUUUGUAGUCCAAAGUCGCCUGCCUGUGAUACUUCUGGCCAGUUACAGGAACUCCAAACAUUCAUACGAUUAGAAGAAGGCGGGUAAAAUGUGAUCGCAUCACACUAAAAGGUGGUUCUACUGUUCCUACGUACCAAGAGAUUUGUGGGUACAUAUGGUCGCAGAAACUUAUUGGUCUGUUAGUAUCGUUUUCCAUUAACCUGAUAGCUAUUACCAGAGUGAAUUUCCAGACAACACCGCAAGGAAUUCCUUUGGUAUUGACAGAGGUACAAAAGAAGCAGACUGCACUACAGUGUAUCAUAUGUAAACGAAUUUUAAUUAAGUGAUGUAGCAUUCUGCUGUGUCCGAUUACAGAUUGACUUGGUUGUUAAGAGCGCUUAUGUGCCGAUUUUUCAUUUGAGUGGAAUCUGCUGCGUUGCAAACGAAAUUGCGACGUGCGUACUUGAGGACUGCAUUAAACAUUUAUGUCCAAAGCCUGAGGCAGGGACCCUGUCUUCCAGUAGUUCUUCUAGUCAUGACAGAUAUCAUUCUUAUAAGGAGAAUAGCAUACAACAUUGCUACUCGGAAUACCACUUUAAGAAGAUUGCGAAUUAGUGAGGCAGCGAUGCUUGUUAUAGAGUAAUACUUUAAUGUGUAAAAGCAUUUAAUAACACAGUCUAUAGAUUUUCUUUUGUUGUUGAACCUAAGUACGUUAGUUAAUUGAAGGUCUUUGUUCAGUGCAUAUUAUAAGAUUUUUCUUGUUUUUUGUACCUUCAGUAAUGAAUUUAUAGGUUACUGUCAACCAGUUUCUCUCAACUCUUUGUAUUCAUUCGAGAAUUUCUGUAACUGUUAUGUUGUUGCCUUUAAACUUCUAUUUUUAUUGGGAGUAAUGUUGAAUUUGUUAGUAUUGCUGAGAACAUUUAAUUAUUCUGUAAUGGUUACAUCUGUUUAUUUGUGUAUGUUACGGUUUGUUCAAGUUCACAUUUGGCGAAAAUGUACACGGCACUCAGUUCACGAACAGGAGUAUUAGCUAGUCAAGAGAUGUAUAUGUGUACCGUUAAGAAGGUGUCUGUCUUUGUGCUCACUGCUUACUAAAUGCAGAGUUCCACAUUCUUUCAUUGUUCCUUUCCUUAACUACGUUUUCUGUUGAUAAAGAGAGACUCCCGGUGAUGUGCAUCACCUAAAUACAUCUUACAGGGUGCUGAAAGUUAUAGUGAACUAUAAUAUUAUUCAGGCUUGACGUUUUAUUUAAGAAAUUAGAUGUGCUUCACUGUGCUUUACUGUUGUUUCGAUGUGAUUUUUCAAAAAAAAAAAAAAAAACUUUGUUAUUACGUUUAAAUGCAUGUCAAAAAAAUUGUUCGAUGUAUAUGUAGAUUAAGAAUAUAUAUUAGAAA